CCCGCCGCGCCGCGCACCGGAUGAUGCCCCCGCGGGGGGCGGUGGGCUCCUGCCGCCGGCGGCGCCUGGCGCCCCUCAACGAGGACAACGGGCGGUUCCUGCUGCUGGCCGCCCUCAUCGCGGCGUACCUGAGCGCCGGCGCCACCGUCUUCUCGGCCCUCGAGAGCCCGUCGGAGGCGGCGGCGCAGCUGCGCUGGAACCGGACCCUCCACAACUUCAGCCGCAUCUUCAACAUCAGCCUGCCGGAGCUGCGCGCCUUCCUGCGGAGCUACGAGGCGGCCAUGGCCGCGGGCAUCCGGGUCGACGCCCUGCGGCCCCGCUGGGACUUCCCCGGCGCCUUCUACUUCGUGGGCACCGUCGUCUCCACCAUAGGUUUUGGAAUGACCACACCAGCAACCGUGGCUGGAAAAGUGUUCCUCAUUGUUUAUGGCCUUUUCGGGUGCGCCGGGACUAUCCUCUUCUUCAACCUCUUCUUGGAGCGCAUCAUCUCCCUCCUGGCAUUUAUCAUGAAGGCGUGCUAUGAGAGACAGCUGAGAAGAAGUGGUCUCCUACCUCCCAACUUCCGAAGGGGGCCAGCUGUGUCCGGGGUGGGCAGCCUCGUGGGCUGGAAGCCGUCCGUUUACCACGUCAUGCUGAUCCUGGGAAUUUUUGCUAUUGCCCUUUCCUGCUGCGCCUCCGCCAUGUACACGGCAGUGGAAGGAUGGAACUACGUUGACUCCUUGUAUUACUGCUUUGUCACCUUCAGCACCAUCGGCUUUGGAGAUUUGGUAAGCAACCAAAACGCUGUGUACCAACAUCAGGGAUUAUACAGAUUCGGGAACUUCAUGUUUAUAUUAAUGGGAGUAUGUUGCAUAUACUCCCUUUUUAAUGUCAUCUCAAUCGUAAUCAAACAGAUUUUGAACUGGGUGUUGAAAAAAUUCGAAUGCAGAUGUUGCCCAAAGUGCCGUAAAUCCAGUACCCGCCUCAGCCGUCGCAACGCCAUCACCCCAGGAGCCCGCCUGCGCCGCCACAACGUCGCCAUGGACGCUGACGGACAGUACGACAGCGACACCGAGGGCAGGAGGCUCUCUGGAGAGAUGAUCUCCAUGAGGGAGCUCACAGCAUCCAGUAAAGUCUCGCUGGCCAUUUUGCAGAAGCAGUUGUCCGAGACAGCGAAUGGCUACCCGAGGAAUGUCUGUAUCAAUACGAGACAGAACGGUUUCUCUGCGGGGGUGGGGUCUCUGGCCAUCAUGAACAACCGCUUGGCAGAAACAAGUGAUUCUAGGUAGAGUUUUUGGAAUUCCAUUUGUUUCUUAAAUAAAAAUAGAAUGGUGGUUAGGGUGGAAUUACCACUGUAAGCUACUGGGAAGUUUUACAUUUCAGAGACAGCCUUGGUAUUCAUUGGGUGUUCAGCAUUUUACUUUCUGGGGGUUUUAUAAGUUUUCUCUAAGAGGGUUUUAAAUGAGACUUGGAUGUCUUUGAUGUAGAAUCUGGUGCAGUUACGGAGGGAUGGUGUGCAUGGCUUGGAUGGUGUCAAAACCAACAUGUUCUUCUUCAGAACAGCACCUGAACCCAAACUCUUAUGUUAAAGGCAUAACGCGAGUUGCGCUCCAGAUUCACACAUGGGGUUGGUAAGUUUUGGCUAACCAGUAUCUCCCAGUUUGCUGAAGUCUGGAUCUGGUCCUGAGCCUUGUACUCAAUGCUCUUCAGCAACUCCUCGUAGCAGGCCUCUGUAUGACAUACACGUAGGUGACUGUUGUCACACCAGCUUUAGGGUGACUGUGCUUCACUUCACUAAUCCCACUGACUUCAGUGGCAGAGGAUGGAAUGGGCCGAACUCCCCUCCUACAAACGAUAGGGUUUAGCCAGGCUUGUCUGAAAGACCACCUGCCACGUAACUCUUAAAAGUCAGGGGAUUAUCAAGGACCAUGAUAAAGUGUGCAGAACUGUUCCGACCUACUGAGUAACAGAAAACAGGCAAUUGUCAUCUUCAGAACUGACUACAUUUAAUGCAAGAGAAGCCAGUAUGCACCUCUGGUGUCAAAUGUUUGCAUCACCAGAAAACUGCUUACUUCCUUACUUUCUCAUUGAAAUAAGUCACUAAAAUGAAUGUAGGCUCUCUGUUGUCUUAAAUUUGCAUCUUUUACUUCUGCAGUAUUGUUGCAGAGAUUCAUGCAAAUCAUUUCCUUGCAAUUCUUUGAGGGCCCCAACCCUGUACUUGUUUCCCACAAAUCUGAUUGUGCAGGUUGUACAGAAGAGUACAGAAGAGCAUUGCUUUGGAGUUCCCCCAGAAGCUGGCUUCCACCAAAAUGUUGAUACCAAGUCAUAAAUUGGCCUUUGGCUGUUGCUGCUACCAUCUUAAGCCAUAUUUAACCUGUGCUAGCCCAAACCACUGAAGAGCCAAAAGCAAACCUGGUCAGGACUGUGUAGUUUAGCAUGAUAAGUGGAUGCAGAGGAUUUGCUGCAAACCUCUUUCAAAAAUACACGCACAGCUCUGGAUCUGUUCUCUAAAUUUUCUCUACUAUACUGUGAAGAUAAUAAAAAGGCUUCUGCUGAUUCCAAGCAAGAAACAAAACUUAAGCUUGUGUUCUGAGAAGCUUUCUCUUGGAAAAUUACUGGAAAAUUGUAGGUGAGACCAUGAGUAGUAGGUUGGUCACUGAAUAAAUUGAACAAGCUGAUGAACAAAAACUAGGAAUAUUAGAAAUGUUUGAAAAUGUUUCCAUGAAGUUUUAUAUAGGUAUUUUGCUCUAUUUACUUUGCUUUGCAUGGGUUUGGAGUAGCCAUCAUUUUUGCUUUAUUUUAAAUUUGUAGCAGUGCAAAGUGUUUUGGAAUUUACCCUUGGAAAACCAACUUUAAAUCUGAGGUUUUGCACACCUGAGCCUGCCAGCUGAAUUAAUGCAGUGAUUGUAUCUUUUUUCUUAACAAAAAGGAAUCAGAGCUGCAGAUAAACCAUCACACAUGGGUCUGUAUCACACUGUAAAUGUCACAGCUUUUAUCAAGAUGUGUUUGGCCAGAAACAAGCAGUGAUGAUUGUAAUGUGUUUCCUGCUGGCACAGACACACUUCAGAUUCUGUGGUAUGGUAGGGCUGCAUUCAAGAGGCAGGAGCUUUCUUGGUGGUAGAGAGACUCCUCAAGGUCCAUCUCAACAAGUGCCUUCCUGUCUGUGCACUCCUCCUCUUUGAGGAGGCAGGAGGAGGUGUUUGCUGCUCCUUUUGAAGGCCACUGAAGGAUACAUUUAGGCAGGAUCAGGGACAGCUCACAGUCUGGAAAAAGCUCUGACUGCUGGAAGACCCAGUUCAGGCAGAUGCCUUCCAGAGAUUCAAGGGAAACAGCACAGGCAGGGAACCAAAAGGAUGAAAGUUUAUUAUUUCCCUUAGGGAUUACUCCCGCAGGUAAAUAUCUUACUAGGAUGAUUUAUGUGUUUGGUUAGUAAAAGUGUGAAUGGUGCCCUGCUCUUUUUUUGCAGCACAGCCUCUCUUAGGGUUUUAUCUUGGUGCAUUUGUCAUCAUGGGGAUUGUUACUCAUUAGAACUAUUACAUAAAUCAGGGCAGACAGGCUCUGUCCCAAAGGAUUUAGGAAUUUGAACUGAUAGGGCCCCAAGCCACAGCAGAAUUGCCUGUAUAUUAUUUUGUUCAUAAAAACAUGCUCAACUGUAUCAACAUUUUGUGAGCUCAAGAACUCUUUAUUUUUAUGGUAACAAUUUUGCAAAUUAAGGUUUGUUUUAUUUUUUCAGUGAGUUGUUUUAAAGGAUAAAUAUUAUAACCAUGAUUAGAAUCCUUUUAAAACUGUAAAUUUGUGAAUUGUUUUCAAACUACUUAUUCCAGCCUGGCAAAUACAGUGAAGUAAUAGGAAAUUGUACAUACCUACUCUGUACUUUUUCUGAGUCCAGGCAAAGGCAGACACAGUCUGCUGUAACAUGAUUGAAAUGUUUCCAAGUGUUUCUGGUAGCAUCAGUCACAAGGGUGCCUUUGCAGGACCCUUUGCAGUUCCUAUUAACUCCAGAGGAAGCUGGACCAGCUCCUACAGCUGGGCAUCUCAAGGAAUUUGGGCAUCAGAUUGCUGCUCUGUUCACUUAGAUCUGAUGUUUACUUACACCCAAGGUCCUUGAUAAUCUCCAUUCUGCUUGUCUCUAGCCUCAGAGGAAGUGCAUGCCCAGUUAUUUCCCAGUGGCCCUGUUGCCUGCAGGUCUCAUAUCCCCAGAUGCUGACAUAAGUCAACCACAGGGACUGCCAGGUCGUAUCUAGGUCCUGUAAAAAUCCCCAAACCCAUCUGGCUCAGCAAAGCUCAGUUUAUGGGGGUCAGAGCACAGUUACUGACCUAGGUUUCACUGGGAAGCAUCUGCUGAAAGGUGGCCUUGCAGUUCCCUCAUAUUCAGUAGCAGACACAUUUUUCAAGGAUGCAUGGAAACCAAGCUCUGGAUCUCUGCUCUUCAGCCUGCCAUCCCUACCUGGGCAUCCAUCACCCCUGUGCAUGAGAACAUGGACCAAGAGGACAUAGGAGGUUUGAGAUCAGUCUUUCCUAGUCCCUUGUGCUCUUUCUUUAGCUUUUUUUUUAGUGACAGCUCCUCUUUGAACUUGCCAGGCUCGGGCACCUAACUCCUCUUUCAUGCUGUGUGGUCCAGCCAGGAUUCCCCAGGGCAGCCUGCUCCAUUGGUGAAUUAACCCCCAAACGUGCACCAGUUGCACCAAGUACAAUUCCUCCUGGUAUUUCAUUUUCACAGACAAAGCAGAUACCAGCAAUACCUGGACACAGACUGAAGCACAAGAAAUCAGAAGGAAAUGGGAGGAACAGAGUGGGAAACUGAAAGCACACUGCACUAGAUUGCACUUUCUUUUCAGGUAACUUGGGAGCUGUAUUAUGUUCUUGAAAUGUGGUGAUUUUUUUUUUUCAAAUUUAAUUAUAGGUAGCCUUGAAAGAUUACAGUUGACUUAGAUUUUAAAAGUUUACCUUCCCUGGUACAACCCCCUCUGCACCACCCUGUAGAACAGCAGUAGUAACUCUUCACUGACACAGACCAAGACAUCCCAGCUGCCCGCUGAGCCUACAGGCAGCACAGACCUGAGCCCCCCUGCAGAAGCAGCAUUGCACAGCAAUGCAUACAAAGGUUCUUUAGGCAGUUACCAGCUCUGAUUGUAACCAGAAUUACUGGUGGAAGACAGUAAUACCUCUAGAGCUCUCUGGGAGUGCCCUGUGCCCUGCUCAGGUUACCCAGAAAUGCCCCUGUUGGUGAAGUGCUGCUGUCCCAGCACAGCUUCAGUGCUGGCCCUCAGUCUUUUCUCCUCCCCAGCUUUCUGUGGGUGAAAAUUUGAUAAUAUUGUGACCAUUUACCCAUAUUUCAGUCAUACCUUGCUGCUGAAAGACUUCAGCAGAAGGGGAGGUCAUAUAGCCAGGCACAGUGGGCUCAGUAUAAACCUGAUUGCCUGUGUGGCAUGAAUUUAUGACUCUAUGGAAAUUAGCUGUAGCAAUGUAACCAUUUUAGUAUUUUUCUAGCCUUUAACUUGAAAAAUAUUCAGUGGCAAAUCAUCGCAGUGAAUGUUCAGAGCUAAUAUCAAGAAAAUCAUACUUUGCUGAUUGCUAGCCUAGCAAAUCUGUGGGUAUGGCUGCUGCUCUAAUUGGAUUACUAAUGUGCCUUUGCAAACCAACACACGUCUGCAGUGUUACAUUUAAAUAAUACAAUAAAUGCUGUGUUACAUAAUAAAUACAAUUAGGAACAUUUACUACUUGACUCACACAAAAUAACUAAUGAAGGGUGCAUUGCAUAUUGUACAACCAGUAUGCAAUUUUCAAUUUUUUUUUUUGUGAAUAUGUCCAUAUUUGAGCUCAAAUUAUGCUUUCAUGAAUGCUAGAAAAAGAGAAGCACUACAUUGUGGAAAAUAAAGGAAAGUAUGGAGAGUUCCACUGAGUUUUGACACAGAGGCUAUGUAUGUUAGCACAUACACAGUAAAGGGUUCAUUUUGAAUUUUAAAUGUGUUGUGUAGUAAUGGCACUGAAGUAAAGAAACUACUUUAAUUUACAUGGCCAUAGUCUGAAUGCAGCUACCAAUAAAUAUACGUACACUUUUUCUUUCUCUCCUUGUUUGCUAAAUGGGUAACAUCCACCCUUUAAUUAAAUUAUCUCUUUAAACCCUCGAAAAUGCAAUUGCCCUACAUUUUGCAUAGGCAAAAAGGGGUCUAAGAUCAAAUCCUAACUUCCAACUCUAAGGAUCUAGAGUGGUGUAGUUUAGCUUUGAAGUGGGGCUGCAGAUGAGCAGCCUUCACAUGCAUUGUGUUUCCUCCUUCCCUGGGCAAAAAAAAAGGAGUAAAUACAGAUACAGGUUAUUGUAGAUUACCCAAAAAAGUCUGGCAAUUUAGCAUGAGGGGAAAACAACAGCAAGUGUGCUGUUAUUGAGGAGUGAAAAGUGUGGGGAAAGGGGGAAGUUUAGAAGUGUUCUCCAGCAAAUCCAGCAGAAAACCAAAGACUUGCUUUGCAUUAGCUCGUGUGUUUAUUCCUCGUCACACAACGCUGUGACACUGUCACCCCCCAAGGAGCUUCUGUGGCAUCAUGGGCUCAGCUACCUCGUCUGGAACGUGGAGAGAGAUAUUUCUGACAAAAAAUGUGAGGUAUUUCUCACAAAAUACCUUUUCCUGUGGGGAAAGGGACUGCAUGCAGUCACCAUCUUCAUUCAGCGCUGAUUUUGGGAGGUCAGUUGGCAGUUUUUACUGGGAAAGCAGCCAUGCUGGUCCCUUACACUGCUGAUCAAUAUUUUGGGUGUAUCAGAGGUGCAGAUUGCCAUGCCUCCAAGUCCUCCUAGUCCCAGGGCCAUGUCACACCCAGGUGUGUCUCAGCCUGCUCCCAAGCCCAGACUUGAUGUGAGGAUGUAGCUGGGUUUGAAAGUGUGUAGCAUCCCAACAUCCUAUCAUCAACAUCCCAAGUGUUGUCAGGAUCAGACCUUCUGCAGGUGAUGCUUUUCAAACCUAAGGAACAUAUAGAAGUCUCCAUAUUCCUUUUGUACUUUGCAGACUGUAAGAGUACUUUUUAAAGCCAGUGAGUCAAUACAAGAUUAAUGCUUUUAUAAUAACAUACAUAAACAACAUGGAAAAAUUACUACUAUUUCUGACAAUGUGCAAAUCAAAUGCCAGGUUUUCUCAAUGGGUAUAAUUUCCAGGCAAGUAAAAUUAUGUCCAGGAGAUUUUUUUGCUCAUAGUAUCAUCCAUGGGCUGCACAGGCAGUGCAAGAAUUCAGUUCCAGUUUUAUUGUAAAACCUCAGUAUCUGAAAGCACAAUGUCUAAAAUAUGGUUUGGGGAUUGUUUGUGGGGUUUUUUUGUGUGUGUGUAAACAUUGUUUAUUUACAAAAAUAAAAUUACUAUAAUUCUACAGAUACAACCCAUUUUUAGCUCACUAGAAUACUACUUUGUUGGAUACUCUCAGCAAAAAUAUUCAUUCCAAAUUUGCAGCCAAUUUAAAUUACUUGAGUUUUGAGAUAACCUGUUGAAAAGCAUUCUUGUUUAUUUUGUUUAUUUUUGAAAGGGCACAGCUUGGUAGAUAUCUUUAGCUGACCUGGCAUUGCUGUCUCCUUCUACAAACCUCAAAAUUUUACAUCUGGAGCUAAUUCCCCUGGUUUUGGUAUUUGCUCAUUUCUGCAUUGAAUUCUAAAAGGAACGAUCAGUUCAGUGCUGUUUUCUAGUUGGUAUGGCUUUCCUUUUUGCAUUGAUUGCAAAUAACUGAAAUAUGAACACCAGCAAAUAUUCCCAGACACAUCAAAAUUAAUCACUUUUCUGAACGUUUUUCUUUUUUAAAUUGUUUUGUAAAAUCUAGAAUCUGAUUGUAAAUUGUAUCGUGGCUGGAAUUAGCAAACCAAAUAUUUUUUCUACCAACAGAAUUACUUGACAUGAAUUCUGUGAAGGAUUCUAAUUCAGUUGUGUGUAACAAUACUUGCCUAUUUCAUUUGCCUAUUCUGUCUAAUUUGUUUCAAAUUCUUAAAGUCAGAAGUAUGAAAGCCCAUUUAGAAAAUGCCCUAUGCUGUACAUUUACUCCUACGAAUAGAGCUUUUAGAGGGAUUGAAACCAAGCCUAUCUGAUUGCUGCAAACAGAAUUCCAUGUAUAAGCCUUCAAAAUCUGAAUAUUUGUACCUGUUUGGCCAUUGUAAACCAAGGGCAUGUUAAUGUGGUUCCAGUUCAAGCAAAGAAACAUAAAUCACAGGGCUCAACUGGCUGCUCACCACCUUUAUCAAACAGGCCACAUAGCUACAGGGUCAAGGGUGAUGGAUGGGCUCGUGACACCCAACAAUGUUAUUUUGGAGGGUGGUUUGGUGGCUGGGAGUUGGCACUUGAGGUGGUUAAAGCGGCUUGGCUGGGUGGAUCCAGGCAGUUCCCUUUGCUGAGCCUCAGGAGAUGUUUGCCACAACUAAAAAAGUAAAAAUUAUAAUGGACUUAGCAUUGAGCCUCUCCUGAGAAGCACAGCAAAGUGCUGUAGCCUGUGCUAGGCUGCUCCUGGUUCUGGCCACCUUGGAACCCUUGUUUGUUCCUGAAACUGGAGUGUUUGGCACACUCCAGUUUGCUCUUUUCAGUGUCUCUGCACUGGCAAAGCACUGAUCCUGCUGUGAUCCUUCUCAUAAAAUGGAUAGAGAGAUUUGUUUAGAUUUUCCAUAUGAUGACAGCAUAUAUAAAUAUUACAAGAUUAAUUACCAAGUCUGGCUAUAUUUGCUAGGAGAUCUUUAUCAGUAAAAUAAGAAAAAUUGUCUCACCAGUACAGUGAAUCAACAAAAGUAAGUGGUGUUCUGAACAGAAAGUAAGGUGCUAAAAUAUACAAUUGGACCCCAAAGCUCAGGCAUGUGUCACAAAAUUAUCAUUCUUUUCCAAUGCUCAAUGCACCUGCGUCUUUUGGGAAAAUGCCUUGGUUUCUGCCUGCACCAGGGUGUGCAAGGCUUACAUUUUCUGUGUCUGUAAGAAAGCAAAAUGUAUCUGAGGACAUUCCUUGGUCUGCACAGCACUCAGGGGUGGGCUUGCUUCCAUUCCCAAAAUUAAGCAUGCCCAUGGACCAUGAAUAUUGGUCCAGCCCCCAGCAGAAAAUGGACAAAACGUCCCUGCUUUGGGGUGCCUGUGGUUUUUGGAGAGCAGUUGAAGGUCAUGGCAAACCACAGCUGCCUCCUCCAGCCAAGCCCUCACCAGGGUGGGAUCCAUCCCACUGCCAGCCCCUGCUCUGCAGCCAAGGCUUGUACUGCCAGGAGAGUGGUGCAAAUCAUCAGCAAUGUGCUCUUAUCCCUGCCUUCUUAAUGGGCUAAAAACAGUGGAAAACAGAUCAUUUUCUAUUUUAAUGAUCAAAAGUGUGUUGCCCAUUAUUCACAGCCUACACACAAGAUGUUAUGAUUUUCAAUUUUCCUGCACUGAUUGUUCAGUCCAUUUGGCAGCUGACCUUCAAGUGGUGCUGGUUUAAAAAAAAAAAGGAGGAAAAAAUCCCCAAACAGAAAACCCAAACACCCAUUAUCAGCAUUUCAGACAAGCAAAAUAAUUGAAUGAGGUGUAAGGAUCUCACAUGAAAAAGCUGUGAGCCGAGUUGCCUCUGUUUGCAGCAGCUAGAUGUUUACAUGGCAGUGGGAGAAGUUUGGGUUCAGGAGAGCAUCAGACUGCUUGACUGGGGUUCUGAACAUUGCCCUACAAGCAUCUUCAGCACCAAAAUGGCACUUUUAGAACAAAUUUCUCUAUCUGUUUUUACACUGUUAGGGGCAUUUCACAUCCCUGCUACUGAAAUCAGAGGAUGGCAGCAAGUGUUACACAAGCAAUUUACUGUCAUGUACUGUGCAUAUGGGUAUUAGCCAGGGACAUUUUUAACAACCAAGAGACAUUUCAGCUGAGUGUUGGUCAGAAAAAAGGACAUUUUACCAUCCAGAAACAUCUGCAGCAGGUUCCAGUGCCUGACAUUACUCAACACACUCCCAAAGAGCUGAACCACACAGAGAUUACCUAAAUAAACCAAAAGAGAUGGUAGGGUCUAAGAAGCAAGUGUUCCUGUGGCUUGAAUCUGGAGUAACUUGGUUGAAUUGCAGGUAGUAAAUAGCCUAAUUAAAUAGAUGUAAUGACUUAAAUGCCUGCUAGAAGUCAAAAGGAGAUGCAUGUAUUUUUCCAUCACAAUUUUGAUUGUGUUUACCAAUUUAAGAGGUGAAAUGAAGAAACAUAAGUUCCUGUAAAUUGUUGAUUGGAAAACAUAGAUUUUUACUCUCCUUCAGAUAAUGCUUCCUUGCAAAACAUUAAACUGGAAUAAAUUUCAAGAAAAUCUGUUUAAACAAGUGUCAGUUGUAAAAAUGCUUUAAUCCUGGGUUGACAGGAAUUUAGCCUCCAACUCAUACCAUAAUUGUGACUGCUCUUAACGAGUCAGUCCCACUUUUGAUGUCAGCUCAGGAUUUUUCCACUGUAAGAUCUUUGAAUGAAGAGGACUCAAAGCCAUAUAAGAAGCCAAUCAAACGCGGAUCGCAUUUCUGCUGGUUCAUUAUUUACAGUUUGCGAACAAAAAUGGGUGUUUUGGGCUUGGCACCCCUUCAUUCACAGAAACAUGGUUAUGGAUCCAGGGGGCAGAGGCAGCUGAGGUGCAGCUGCUUUGCAGAGCGGUGCAGAGGCAUUGGCAGAGGCUGUGUAGAACUGGUGGUUAAGGAGACGGUGGAAGAACCCACUGGUGGUGUCCAGGGAACGUUCCUGUGUGUUUUUAAUGCCGUGAAACAUGAUCAAGUAUGAAUUCUCUACGUCUGGGAGGAUGUCAAAUUCCAGGUGACGUUUGGAAUGUUGCAAUUAAGCUACUACAAAGACUUUUCAAAUAAACAGGAGAAAAAAAUGUUGCCUGGGA